UUCAGCUCGCUCUUCUUCAGUUUGUGUUUGUCUCCUUCUCGCUCCGAAUACUUCUGAAACACCGUGAUGAUGGUCGCCAUCGAGGUCUCCAGCAUUUUGUCUCCAGGGAGACGGCGUCCUCAAACGGCCGAGCCGUCCUCUGAGUCCGGCCCCGGGGACCCUGAGCUGAGCCGUCGCCUUGGUAACAGAUGAGAAGCUGCCAAUGAGAGGAUGCCACAGUGAGACCUGGCCAUGGCUGCCCAUCGAAUCAUCCGAGUGACGAACAACAACCUCAUCCUGCCUCGCUGUAAAUCUGAGGGGACGCUCAUAGAUCUCAGCGAAGGGGUCACUGGAGCCAGUCUCAGUGAUGUUAAAGUGCCUUCUCCCAGUGCCUUACGGCUGGACACGUCAGCCUCCUAUGGAGCUGCACAGGAAGUGGUUGCCAUCAAGGAUUAUUGCCCAAGCAGCUUCACGACGCUGAAGUUCUCCAAAGGAGACCACCUCUAUGUGCUGGACACGUCAGGAGGAGAGUGGUGGUACGCCCACAACAACACAGAGAUGGGCUACAUCCCAGCCGCCUACGUCCAGCCGGUCAACUUCAGGAACUCCUGUCUCAGUGACAGUGGGAUGAUUGACAGUCUAGGGGAAGGGUACGAGGAUGGGUCGAGGGAAUUUGGAGGUUUAGGGGAGUGGACGGGGUUGACACCAAAGCCAUCCCUGAAUUACAUCAACAGUCCCGCCUCUGUGAACCCCUUUGUCCACUCGGUAGAUCAAAACUGUAAAGACAUUGGUGUCAGGAACUCUGAUCUUAUUCUCUUUGAUGCUUUAGCAUCUCCAUCAUCAUGCUCCAACUUUAACACCAACACAAUCAUGACCAACGGGUUCAGUAGCUGCCACAUCAACAGUACCACCCCCGCCAGCCCAAACCAAGAGAUUCAACCAAACCUCCACAGAGAUAACCCAUUUUUCAGGAGUAAACGCUCCCACAGUCUCUCAGAGCUCUCCGUCCUCCAAGCGCAGUCGAAUCCAACCUUACCCUCUUCUGGAUUCUUCACAGGCCUUAAGGCUCCCUUACCGGAGCAGUUUCAGAGCAGAGAGGACUUCAGGACUGCAUGGUUGAACCACAGAAAGCUGGCAAGGUCCUGCCAUGAUCUCGACUCCCUUGGCCAGAGUCUUGGUUGGGGCCAGACUCAACCGGUGGAGACGAAUAUCGUGUGCAGGUUGGACAGUAACGGAGGAGUUGUUCAGAUUCCAGACACCCACAUCAGCGCCCACAUCCCUGAAGGCCACGUCAGCAAUGGAGACUACCAGCAAAUCUCGAUGAAGGCUUUACUGGACCCUCCAUUGGAGCUCAACACAGACCAGUGCUCCACUGUGAGUCCUGUGGUGGAGAUAAAGCUCAGCAACAUGGAGAUUAAGUCUUUUAUCACGCUGGAGAUGAAGGUGUCGGUAAAUAUCAAGACGGAGAGCUGCCAUACUGCAGAGAUACUUUGUGUCCGAAGUGACUGCAAAGAAGGGCCAUACACGCCUAUUCCUAAUGCGUACAUCUAUAAGGAUACAGUCCAGGUGCAACUGGAUAGUCUGGAACCUUGUAUGUACGUGGCGGUUGUGGUUCAGUCCCAGUACACCAGCCACCAUACGACUGUCUGGGAUCAUGUUCAAAGGAAAGUAACCUUAGGAGUCUACGGACCGAAGCACAUCCACCCUUCCUUUAAGACAGUUGUAGCCAUGUUUGGGCAUGACUGCGCCCCAAAGACCUUGUUGGUAAACGAGGUUGGCAAACAGGCGAGCACUACUCCACCCGUAGCACUCCAGCUUUGGGGGAAGCACCAGUUUGUGUUGGGAUACCCUCAGGAUCUCCAAGUGGGAUUGUACUCCAACAUGUCCAACUACCAGGUAAAAUCCUCCGAGGGUGCCGUGAUUCAGGGAUUCCAGCUCAAACUGGGGAAGGUUAGCCGGCUCCUGUACAUGAUCACAUCUCACAACCCCAACAGCAUCUCAGACUUCACUCUCAGGGUCCAAAUCAAGGACGCCCUGGACUGUAUCCUCACUCAGUUCUGCGUCCAGACUCCGCCGCCCCCACCAAAGACCGGAGCAAGGAUUACAGGUCAGAGGAGGUUUUUAAAAAAGAAAGAGGUGGAUAAGAUUGUUCUGUCGCCACUUGCCGUCACUUCUAAAUACCCAAAGUUUCAGGACCGGUGCAUCACCAACCUUAAAUUUGGCAAAUUAAUCAAAACGGUGAUCAGGCAGCACAAGAGCACGUACCUGUUGGAAUACAAAAAAGGGGAUGUUAUUGCUUUACUCAGCGAGGAGAAAAUCAAACUACGAGGGCAGCUGCGGACCAAAGAGUGGUACAUUGGAUACUAUCAGGGCAAGAUGGGUCUUGUCCAUGCCAAGAACGUUUUGGUUCUGGGUAAAGUCAAGCCCAUUUAUUGGUGUGGGCCGGACUUAACGACCACCAUGUUACUGGAACAGAUCCUGAAGCCUUGUAAGUUUCUAACAUACAUUUACGCAACAGUGAGGACGGUUUUGAUGGAGAACGUGGGCAACUGGAGGGCGUUUGCAGAUGCCCUGGGGUAUGGGAAUUUACCACUGAAUUAUUUUUGUCGGACCGAGCUGGACAAUGAGCCGGAGAAGGUGGCAUCGGUUCUGGAGAAACUCAAGGAGGAGUGUACGAACAUGGAGAAUAAGGAGAGGAAGUCCUUCCAGAGGGAACUCAUGAUGGCGUUGCUGAAGAUGGAUUGCCAGGGUCUGGUUGCCAGGUUGGUCCUGGAUUUCGUCUUGUUGACGACAGCGGUGGAGGUGGCGUCUCGGUGGAGGGAGCUGGCUGAGAAACUCGCUCGAGUGUCCAGGCAGCAGAUGGAGGCUUAUGAGGCUCCGCAUCGUGACAAGAACGGUCUGCUGGACAACGAGUCCAUGUGGAAGCCAGCCUACGACUUCCUCCUGACGUGGGCGGCCCACGUUGGCGACAGCUACCGGGACGUGAUUCAGGAGCUCCAUCUCGGCCUGGACAAGAUGAGGAACCCCAUCACCAAGAGGUGGAAGCACCUGACCGGUACGCUAAUCCUCGUCAACUGCCUGGAUAUACUCAGAAGUUCUGCCUUCUGUCCCACAGGAUACGGAGACUUUGCUGUUUGAUGAUUUUACAUGUAACUGGAGGAUGUUUCUAAAGAUUUGAAGGGACUUUUUUGACAGAUCAUAAAGGAUUUAUUGGAUCUUUGUUUCUAUGUCUCUGGAGUUUGUUGACACUGGAAUAUUCUUCAUCUCAGUCAUGGAUGGCGUUGGCGUAAUGGGACACUUUGGAUAUUAGGAAAAAUUGAAAAUUUUUGACUGGCUGGUCCUGAAUAUCUGGUUCACUUUCCUCAACCUUGGCUGUUCAGGUUGAAUUCAUACGUCCUGGUUUUUGUUUAGAGUCUUCAAUCAAUUUUGCGCCAUCGCUGAAAUAGGACAAUUUUUAGCUUUUUGGAACUGAAGACUGCCUCUCUCUGUUUGUCUUUCUUUUUCCUGUUCUUCUCUUUUCUACCUCACCUUUUCUUUGUCUAUCUUUUGUGACCCUUUAGUGUUUAUGUUGAAUGCUGUUUUCGCUGUUUCUGAUUAAUUCCCCAAACUUGUUUCAGCUAUUUUGUUCCAGUUGCAGCAUUUCCCUCAGGACAACAUCAGAGACCUCAAACAGUGCAGUACAACCUCAUAUACUGUGAACCUAAACCACUUUUAUUUACAACUAAACAUGCUCCGACUUUGGCCUAUGUUUGCUAGUUAAAGUUUACUUUUCCCUCCAUUACUAACCGCUGAUUUUUGCCACCUCUACCUGGAAUCUUUUAAAGGAAAAGGCAAAGCAGACUUGUUUGAAAAAUCUGCAAUAAAACUGUAGUUUCAUACUCAGAAGUGAAGAGCGUUUUGUCAGUGAUUAGCUUGCCAAAAACUGUUAGCCUGAAGCUAACUUUUCAUGUGACUUAGUGAAGUCCAUGCAGUAAAGUUACAGUGUUUGUAGACGAUAUAGUUCUAUUUUUUAUACUUUGAAUGAAGACACAGAUAAAUUAUUACCAGUGUUUUUCCUCUUUACUUUUGUUUGGUUUGGGGUUUCUUUUCCUAUGUCAUUUUCAUCUUUUUUCAGUGGAUAGAAAAUGAAAAACUUGAAAAUUCUGUGCAGAAAGUGCACAAUAUCCUGCUAGAUAGCAUUCAAAAAUACAGAAAAAUGUGCAAAAGCAUCACAUUUUCCUCCAAUAUUGUGAUCUCAAAGGUACAGCUUGACUUUAACUCU